AUGUCCACCUCUUCGGGGGCCCCGGAGUCUUGGAUAUCUUCCUUCUGCUCUCUACUCGGCCAUGAAUACUUCGCUGAGGUUUCUGAGGAGUUCAUCGAGGAUGACUUCAACCUCACUGGCCUGCAGAACCAGGUCGCGAUGUACAAGGAGGCACUCGAGAUGAUUCUUGACGUGGAGCCUGAAGAGGACGAGGACGAAGAGGAGGAGGAAGAUGAAGACGAAGACGAGAACGAUUCGGGAGAUCAGGCUCGACUCGGCCCCAGACACGACCGGAGACAACACAGCCGCAUGGCUAGCGACCUUAGCGUUAUCGAGUCGUCGUCCGAGAUGCUUUACGGAUUGAUCCAUCAGCGAUUCAUCUGCUCGAGGGCGGGUAUUCAACAGAUGAGCGAGAAGUACGAGUUGGGCCAUUUCGGCUGCUGCCCUCGCACCAACUGCGACCAAGCGAGAACACUCCCUGUCGGUCUCUCUGAUAUUCCCGGCGAAGACACUGUGAAGCUGUUUUGCCCCUCCUGCCUCGACGUCUACGUCCCUCCCAACAGCCGUUUCCAAACUGUCGACGGUGCAUUCUUCGGCCGUACCUUUGGUGCCCUCUUCCUACUCACUUUCCCGGAAUACGACCUCACUAAGCGUGGGGCUGAGGUUCUCAGCAGCGGCGGUGCACGCAUCAACGAUGAUUCACUCGAGAUGAUCAACGGCAUGUACGCUAAGAACAUUGCACCGGGCUUGGGCGCUGGACGUAUAUACGAACCCCGUAUCUACGGUUUCCGCGUCUCCGAGAUUGCAAAGUCGGGCCCUCGGAUGCAGUGGUUGAGGGACAGGCCGGAUGGCAUGACUGAGCUGGACGAGGCGCGUCUGUAUGCGGAUGAGCACGAUUCAGAUGAGGACGACGAGAACAUGAACGGCAACGGCCGGCCUACACCCCGUCGGCGUGCUCCUCCGGGUAACGCGCGUCUCCGUGCAGCGCAACGUCAGGCGCAAAAUGGCAGUCCUAUGGCCGUGGAGACGAAUGGCGCAGAGUCGGAGCUUUAG